AUGUCGAAGAAAGGAAAGAAGAGUGGGGGAAAGCGCACGGCGGUAGAGUCGGAGACGAGCAGCUCUUCGCAGCCGCCAGCAGCCAUCACCGCUUUGGACAUCAACAGCGCAGAUGAUGGCUGGACAACGUUCCCCGUGCUGCUGCACAGCGCGGCCUCGUACAGCACAAAGUACGUUGAGCAAGCGCUUGCCGUGGCGCAGAAGGGCCAGCGCCGCAGGUUCCACGUGGCCACGCACGCAGACAUUGAGCACCUGGUCAAGGAAGCGGCCAAGGCCAAGGGCAAGAGCAAGGAUCCCCAGCAAGCCAUGGUCUUCGAAGCGUGCGCCACCGCCAUGGAGAACGGCCAGCUCACCAGUCGCGGCGCAGCCACGGUCAUCGCCGCCAAGAUGCUGGCUGCGAAGAAGACCGAGCAGCAGCGCCGCGAAGACCAAGAAGCCGCGCGCCGAGCAGCCCUCUCAACACCCAAGGCUGAGGAGGGUGGCUCGCGGUCCAAGACGCCAUCAAAGGCUGCGGGGAAGAAGAAGGGCAAAGGCGGAGGUGCAGCUGAUGAUGCGCCCGGCAAGAAGAAGAGCACGCUGAAGACCCGCAAGGACGAAGCGGCCAUGAUCGACUACAUCGACGAUGAGCCGCAGGAGGGUCCCGACCAGUACUGGCUCUUGCACGGCUUCUCCGACCCCAUGUUCGUCAAAUACAUGAGCGAUGCCGGCGCCAGCAUCCGCGCCCUCAUUGACACAUCCACGGAGGACGACGAGGACGAUGAUGAGGAGCAGAGCAGCGCCAGUGGUAGCGCUGACACGCAGGCAGAAACAGCAAGCACGCCGAUAGAGGGCACCCCACAGUCGCCCGCUGCCAAGAGGAAGGAGAAGCAACUUUCCCGCGCAACAUCGCUCGCAGUACAAGAUGACAAGGAUGCUGCUGCGAGUGAAACGGCCACACCGGCAGCGCCGGUGCAAGACACAUUUGUGCCGCAAACGCGCGCGCUCUGCGCUGCUGCAGACCCAACAUCCCACCUCCGCGACAUUGCAUGGCUGACGUUUGAUCUUGGGCGCGCGCCAUCUGGUGCAGACACCUUUGAUCGGAUCGCCGCCCUCGUGUACGACGGGCUCAAGCAUCACGCCCAGUACACCGCAUACCUCUCCUCCCUCCGCAUCUGCUCCUUGCCGGCAGCACCAGCCCGCCCACUGGCCAGCUGGCCUGUCUACCGCGCGCUCUCGUCCUCGCUGCACGCCGAGACGACACCCAUUGCCGCCCUGAUGGACUGCAUGCUCAGGCAGGUUGAGGCCACCGUCGCCGCCUCUGCCGCAAGCACUCGCGCACAGAGCGCAGCAGUUGGUGAUGGCCGCGGUGCCAGCGGCGAUGACGGCGAAGGUCUGGCCACGCCGUCCGCAGGCGCCAGCAGAAUCGCCAGCGCAACGCCUGCUGCCGACGGUGGCGAUGCUAGCGGCUGCGGCAACGCUGCGGGUGGUGUGAAGGAUGCGGCGCUGGAAGCACUGCUGGAUGGCCACCUGCAAGGCGUGCGCACAACUGAACACGCCAACGACAGCGUGAUGCAGGACAGCUUGAUGCUGGACGCAUCGGUGCUCAAGGCUAUUAAGGCCGACAACGACGAGACAGCUGCGCCCAUUGUGAUUCGCCACGGCGACGCCAUCUCCUCCUCCCUCGCCCUCGCCACCGCCUCGUCUUCGGCGUACGAUGCUCGGGCAGCCGCGUUUGCUGUUCUCGACGCAAGCCGCGCUGCACACUUGCUCAAGGACGUUUUCCCCCCACAGUCCACAGACACCAAGCACGCACGAGAGCUGCGGCGCCAGCAGCUGCUUAAGUUCUCGAACUCGUCCCCGCCGCAAAUGGAGCGCUUUAUUCUCCUUUCUGCCAUGUCCUCCCUCCUCGCCGACAAAACAGGCACGACGGCCGACAUGUGGGACUUUUCGCGCUGGAACGUGACUGAGCGCCUGCACCGUCGCUGCUUGCUGCAGUGCCUCAACGACGACAUGACAACACACCUCCUCCAGCCUGCUGUACACUACUUUCCAGAUAUGGACUGUGCGCUCGUUGCCAUGCACCGCACGCCUUCCCUUGAUGCCCCCACAAUCAGGUCGGAGUGGGGCCACCUUGCCCACACGCAAGUCGCCUUUACAGACUUCCUCGAACACACGUCCAAAUGGCUGGCAGAACACGAGCAACUGGAAGAGCAGCAACAGCAACAGCGUGUUGGGUAUGACUACCCGAGGCGAUUGGUGCAGGUGUCGGGGCAGACGAGUGUACUGGAUACGGGCGACGGCACAACGGUGCACGUCACAGAGACUGGUGCCGUGCACGGUACGCGCACGCGGCGGUGGGCGCUGCACAGGGACGGGGUGUGCGUUGCUGUGCACCAGCACGCCCGCAAGCCAAAUGACACCCAAUCUUCGUCUCAAUCACAACAACAGCAGCAGCAGCAGCAACAACAGCAGCAGCAGACAGGGCAGGAAGCGCAGGCAAACACCCCAGCGCCAAAGCAAGAUGCUGGCAGCAGCAGUGACAGCAGCCCAGCGCCAGGCCACAGCCUUGUUGUGACGAUUGGGGACGCGGCUGUUGCUGUUCCGUUGAGGGUUGUGGAGGCGCUGCGAACGCGCGGGCGGUCGGAGUGGACGCCACCGCAGCCAUCACACCAGCAGCAACAACAGCAGCAGGGCGACGAUGACACGCUGGCGCCUGGCGGAACUGAGAGCACACGGCCGGAGAGCACGGCUGGUGAUCGAUCGCGAAAGGGCGGAAAGGAGCGGCCGCGCAGCCGACGCGAGGGCACCAACACGGCCAAGUCCGUGCGCAUCAAGGAGCCCGAGGCAACGCGGCAGGAGAGCACCGUACCGCCCACGCGCGGCACAGACGCAGCGGCGACCGCAGCAGAGACGGAGGACGGAGGCGCCGUGACGCAAGAUGGCGCUGGUGCUGACGCAACUGCAAACCGGGAGUUUGUGCCCCAACCGCUGGAGUCGCUCCUGCGUGUGAGCGCGGCCACCAACACGGGCGUGCAGGUGCUGCUGAUGCCUGGCGGCGAGCUGGUGCUUCGCGAGCCACCCAAGGCCUCCCGCAAUCAUACAGCAACAGCAGGAACAGCAACAACAACACCCACUGCUGGCGCCGCCGCCGCCGCCACUGAGCGAACGGAGCUGAGCAGGACGGUGCUGCCUGAUGGGCAUGUGGCGCGGCAGAUGAGCGACGGGCGCGUCGUGCUGUUCUGCCCAGACGGCACCGUGUACGACAACGUGGCCAGCGAGACAGAGUGGGAGGUGGUGUCCUUUGACGGCCACCGCCGCGUUGUGCGUGGCAGCCCGCCCGUUGUGAACAGCGAGCAUGACGUGCUGGUUGUCCGCCGCAUCUCCGUCCCCGAGCGCACGCCCGUACUGACGCGCGAAGACAACGCCACGCUCGUCGGCGAGCUUGAGCGCGACCACGCCGCCGAGUUUGGCGACGGCACGCGCAUCGUGACCCGCUGGCUGACGUCCACCUCCAAGCUGGUGCGCGUGGAGCGACUGGGCAUGCCGCCUGUUGAACUCCGCGACGAUGGCGUGAGCGUGGUCAUGCUGGACGGUGGGUCCACAGCUCUCGUGCACCACGCUGCAGAGGGCCGCGUGCGCGUGUGCAGCCCCGAGCGCGGGCUUGAGGUGGCGCUACGGGCGAGUGGCGAGGGCGAAGUGCGGGUUGUGGUGCCGUCGCGGUGGGACAACCUGCGAGAGGACGGGCGCGGUGUGUACGAUGCCGUGAUGCAGUGGUCUUCGCUGGAGCACCGGUCCAAGAGCACGUUUGACUUCAUCACGGGCAGAUUCCGGGCAACGGACGCCCUUGGAAGCACGCUGCGCAUCACAGACAUGCAGGCCGAGGUUGACAUGCGGGAUGAGGCGCUGACGGCGCCGCUGUCGGUCCGCUACCCGCCGCGCCUGUAUGUCGUGCACCGCGACGGCACGUGCACCCGCUUCCUGCGCGAAUCGGACGUGGUCGCCUACGACCAGGCCGCAACCGCCGACCCAGCCGUGGAGUGUGUGCAGCCAGAGCUGUACGACGACCCGGGCACCAUGUCCCGCACAUACAUUGCACGCCAGAGGCCGCCAAACACCUUCCUGCAGAGCUACGAGAAGUCGUCUGUGCUCCCGCUGUCACUGCAGCGCGCACACCUCCCACAUCACGACUUUGAACGCCCAGAGCAACUCCUCGUCAUCAGGCAACUGCAAUUCCACCCACCCAUUGGUCCCCAAGAGCAAGCAGCUAUGGCAUCGGAUCUCCACCAAUACCACCAGUGGCUCGCCAACCAGGCUGCUGCCGCACAGGCGCUGGAGAUUGUUGAUGAACGGUCUAAUAUGGAGAAGGGCGCAGCGGCAGAGCUUGCACAGGAGCUGGCACGCAGCCUGGCCACGCUGAAGGAUGAAGCAGUGGUUGAUGGCUGUGAAACGCUGACGGCGCCCCCACCAAAGCCAGUCGCACAGACAACCAACAGACGCACCCUGGAUGAAUUCUUUGACAACGAUGAGGCCGCAUCGGGCAACAUCAUGGAGAUGAAGGCCAUGCUGCAGAGCAAGACGAUUCCCGACUACUUUGAGAGCCCAGAGGCCGCGGCGCUGCGCACGAAGCUGCAGGCGCACUCUGAGGCAUUGCACGCAGCAAGCAAGGCUGCUGACGGCGGUGGCCGCAAGCAAGCGCAACCACGCAUCGACACGCCGCCAGGCGAUGACGGACGCGAUACCACAGCGACUGCAACUGCUGCUGCCGCUGCUGCUGCGGAAAACACCACCGGUGUGGCGAGAACGCAACCAGCUCCAGUGACGCAGCAAGGACAAGAGGAGGCAGCUUCCACCGACGCAGCAGCAGGCACACAAGACCAGGAAGCGCCGUCCUCAGACACCGUGGAGAGCCCUGGCAUGGUGAGUCCCUCAAAGAUGUUUUCGUUUGCGCCGGAGCUUGGGGAUGACCGCGAGCACUUGCCUGCGGCGCUUGACAAGCGGGAGCGCGAGGUGUCGGCGGAGGUGGUGCGCUCCACAGACCGCGAUAACCUUGACGCGUAUGCACGCCCGCCAUCGCAGGACGAUGCCGGCGCCGUCAUUGUCGCGCGCCAGCUGUCCGCGACACAACAAGAAGGGGCAAGCAGCAACGCUGGUGCUGAGGAUGAGGAGGAUGAUGAUGAGGAUGGCGGUGCUCUUGCCGAUGCGCCAGCAAAGCUGCGAUCCACGCUGACCAAACGCGACCUUGAGGGCUCUGCCAUGCCGGAGUCGGACGACGAGCUGGCCGCCACGCCACAGUCGUCAUCGCCUCAGGAGCAGGAGACCACGCCCCCGCCCUACAACGCAGUCGCGCAGAAGACGCGCGCGUUUGCGUUUUUGCACGAGCACGCGGAAGAUCAGCCGCAGAUGGUGCAGGCAACCCCGACGGCCCUCACCAGCGCAAGCGUGGACAUGGUCCCUGCGCCCACGGCAACAGAGGCGCGCACGCAGCAGGAGGUGGAGAAGAGCGAGUCGCCGGAGCCGCUUGUGCGCCGGGUCAGCAGCAGCAGCAUGGGCGGUGUGCGGCCGUCGAGCGCUGGCUCGCGCACGCUGCCGGAGGUGCGGGUGCGGUCUGCGCAGACGCUUGGCUCGGACCUGCCCCGUGAGCUACGACAGGCACAGCAGCAGCAGCAGCACGGCGCCCCGCUCAAGGAAGUUGUGCCACCAGCACUUGUCCGACCAAACCCACUCCCGGCCAUCGGCAGCCACGGGUCCCUUGCAAACGUUGAGCAGAAGGCCGCGCCAGCUGCAGAGAGCCACGUGCCAGCGCACGUUGAGGCUGUGCCAUCACAGGCCGAGUUUGGGACGCUCAAGGGCGGGUGCACGUACUGCCUGGUCAUCAAGCUUCACAACCGCGGCUCUGUACCUUGCGCUGUGGACGUGCAUGCGCCACCGGUUGACUCUGGCCUCGACGUGUCAUGCUUGGCAGACAAGAUUGCGCCGGGUAUGUCCAUCAAGGUGACCCUGCAGAUUGACACGGCCAAGUGCUUGGGGCCCAGAGCCCAACGCGAACUCAAGCAGGAGGUUGUUAUCAAAUGUGACACGGCGUCUGUGUCCAUCCCCGUUACAGCCAACGUGCUCUCGCUAAAGGAUUUUGAAGCGCAGAAGGUGUCAUCACGGAGCAGAGGCCCCGCGCGCUCGACACCAACACAAGACACAGAACAACAACAGCAACAACAGCAGCAGCAGCAGCAGCAACAACAACUACAACAACAAGAAGAAUGGCAGACGUGGACGCUGUGGUGCUCGACAGACGACCUUGACCUUGCCUGGAUGAGGCCUUCGACCCUCACGUUCGACCCAGUGACGCACACGGAGGUCACGCGGGCCUUCUAUGCCAGAUUCACGAAGCAACAGCAACAGCAGGACGGCGAGGAGUGGUUCAGCGAAGACCUGAAGACGCAGCUCAAGCAGCUUGCAGAGCAGAGUGGCCUUCUCGACAACCACAUCACCUCUACAAACAGCAGCAGCGAUGACGACACCACCACGACGGCACACGACAGCGACGGCAACAGCAGCGACGGCAACAACACCAGCAGCAACAGCACUCCCAGGAGCAGUUCAGGCACCAUCUCCCUUGCUAUCAUGGUCAUGUUGGGACAGCAGCAACCCCACGACGUGCGGCUGCUUGGCUGCAGCCUGCUGGUGACGGGGCUGACGACUGGCGCGCUUCGGCCAAGUGACAUCCAGCCAGGCGCCUUGCCUGCGCUGUUGAGCACCAUCGGCAAGCCGGAUGUGCCGGGGAAGCUGCAGGUUGCCGCAUGCUAUGCCGCGUUCCACUGCUUCCGCCUGUCGACAGCGCGCGCGCGAAACUCAGCCCUGAAGGACGGCGCACUGCAGACGGUUGUUAUGGGCGCCCUCGCUCAUCAGGGACGUUCUGCGGAUAUGCUGUGCGCGGUGCUCGGACUUGUGGUGAAGGGGCUGGCCAGGACUACACCAACAGCGGUUCUCCGUGCAGCCUUCCCCGACAUCACGCACGUUCUCUCCCUCAUGACGAGCGUGGCCAUGGCGUGCAAAAAUAACGGCGUGCUAGUGGGUUUUGUGAGCUGCUUCCUGUGCAUGGCGGUGUCCACAAAGCUGAGGGAGCCAGCACUCCUUCCUGAUGUCAGCGCUGGCAUCCUCAUCAGCGCCGUGCUGUGGGACUGCAGCGGCACGGGCAUUGCGCCAGAAGCGCUCGAGCUCUUCUCGCACAUUGCGCGCGGGAUGCAGCAAGAUCUGUAUGAGUGGGUCAUGUUCUGGUGCCUUGGCGUUUCAGAGGACGCCGCACGCGUUCUCUUUACAGCAUCUGCGUCUGCACUCAGCCAGAACCCAGACAACCUGCGCCUGCUCAUGGGAGCGCUGCUGCUGCAGUAUGGGUGCGUUCACGAAUCAAGAGCGGAGCAAUACCUCCUCAACCACAGCGACUGGCCCCACGUGUUUGCAGCAAUCUCACGGUCGGAGACGACGGACGAGGAGAAGACUGUGGCCUGGGACGCUGUCAACGCAUGUUUGCUCCGACAGCCGUGCCAUGACACCACGACGCUGAUGCAAGCUAUCGAGGCUGGCUUGCGCAUGAUGCUGACGUAUGAGCCCGAGGGGCAUGAGGUCAAGCUACAGGGGCUGAGCGAGAUGUACCACCGCCACAGCCCCUUCUGCGAUGAUCUCGGUGACACCUAUCGCUCAAGGCGCCCGAUAUUCACUCGACUGAAGACCAUUCUUCGGCAACUCCACCGCGAGCGGGACCAUGACGAGGCCAUCCGCCUCCUCGUCUCAGUGCACCUGCCACUCUUUACCUGGGCAGCAAUGGCAGACAUGCCAUCGGAAUGGGUCGCGGCAAUCGUCGAGGCUCUCCUGCACGCCAUACGCCACCAGCUGUACUGCAACAACCACGAGUUUGUGCUGAUUGGACUCCGCUUUGCGACGAGCUUGACCGGCGCAGGCGCUUGCUUUCGGUCACAGCUGCUCGAGUACGGUGCACCAAAGCUUGCGUUGCUUGUGCUCCGAUACGAGCUUCCACUCGCACAUCGCUGGAGCGGGCGUGUCUUGGGCAAGGCCGCCAUGAACAUGUGGACGCUGGCCAGCUUCUACACGAGCGCAACCUGCAGCGCAAUCGUGAACGCGCGGGGCCUCUCGGUGCUCCUUGCGGUCCUGCGCCACGUCACGGCGAAGGAGGCGGCUGUGCCAGCCAAGUGCUGCUGUGCGUUUGUGCUCAAUCACAUCCUCGACGACUGUGACAGUAGCGCCACGUGCGGCGCCGCACAGACCCUGCGCGAGGUGGGCAUCAACGCGCUCGACCAGAUGAUCACGAGCGUGUGUCAGCCGGUGUCGAACCUGACGCAGCCGCUUCACACGGUGGGGUGCGAUGUGGUAGGCCUCACGACACAGCCGGCCUGCCUGGCGCUGCGGCUCAUGAUGAGAAUCUGUGGUGGCGACACCGAUGAGGGCUGCGUCGAGGCGCAGCACCGCUUCCCGAAUGUGCACGUAUCGCUGCAGACGCUGACACUGCUGUUUGCACAGCUGUCCCACACAACCGAAACACAGGAAGCCGUGUGCGUGCUUCGCACCCUGGACGUGCUCAUGAGCAUGGGCGCUGGUGACCAAGAUCAAGGCAAGAACGCGCUGGCCUUCGUCAAGCACUGCGGGAUGAAGGCCGCUGUGAUUGGUGUGAAGUCCCACAUUGGUCAAUGGCGCGCAGAUGUUGCCGCAGCAUGGUGCCGCAUGCUGGGCACGGUGACGGUGGCUGUUGGGCUGGACAGGAUGGCGGCGUCGGUGGAAGACGCCUGCAUUGCAAACCCAGAGCUCUCCAUCCUCAAUUUGGUUCGCCGCGCAAUCAGCCUGUCCCAGUCCGCGAGCGGAAGCGACGACGCCAUCGUGGUUACUGCCUGUGAGCGACUGAAGCAAGUGGAAGCCAUGGCCAACGCCCGCCUCACAGCAAAGAAGAAAGCACGACGCGCCUCCAAGAAAGGUGCUGCGGGCAAGAAGAGCGCGGCGAAGAAGGCUACGCAGCGAGCUCAGGCGGGGCUUGCUCGUGGUGGCGUUCUCAAGACCAUCGACCUCAACGUCAUCUCUGCCAACGGCGCAGCGCAACUGACGUUCACUGGCAAGUUUUGA